GCUUCCGGUUCCGGGGCGGUCGUGAAGGCUGCGCCGGGCCGGUGCUGGCGGGCGGUGAUUCGUGGGUCGCGGCUGCCCGCGACGCCGCUCCCCGCCCGGCCGAUCGGAGGCGGGCAUCCGCGGCCUCCCGGAGUCGCCCCGCGCGACAGUCUCUGCCCGUGCGCCCGCAGGCUGCAGGCCCGACGGCCCCGGGGCGAAUGAAUGAAUGAGCGGGGACGGCGGACCCGGCGCCGGCUUUCUCCGCGGCUGACACCUCGGCGGCCAGCGCGGGGCGGGGGACGGGAUGAACCGCGCCAAGCCCGCGACGGUGCGCAGGCCCAGCGCGGCGGCCAAGCCGUCAGGGCACCCUCCACCAGGAGACUUCAUUGCUCUGGGCUCAAAGGGUCAGGCCAAUGAAUCCAAAACAGCGUCCACCCUGCUGAAGCCUGCCCCUUCUGGCCUGCCUUCUGAGCGCAAGCGGGAUGCUGCAGCCGCCUUGGCGGGCGCCUCAGCCCUGACCGGCCUCACCAAGCGCCCCAAACUCUCAUCCACACCCCCCCUGAGUGCCCUGGGGCGCCUGGCUGAGGCUGCAGUGGCGGAGAAGCGUGCCAUCUCUCCAUCCAUUAAAGAGCCAUCUGUGGUCCCAAUUGAAGUGCCGCCGUCCGUGCUGCUGGACGAGAUCGAGGCCGCCGAGCUGGAGGGCAAUGACGGCCGGAUCGAGGGCGUGCUGUGUGGGGCUGUGAAGCAGCUGAAGGCCACGCGGGCCAAGCCCGAUGGCGCACUGUACCUGAGCCUCAUGUAUCUGGCCAAGAUCAAGCCCAACAUCUUCGCCACAGAGGGGGUCAUUGAGGCUCUGUGCAGCCUUCUGCGGCGGGACGCCUCCAUCAACUUCAAGGCCAAGGGGAACAGUCUAGUGUCCGUGUUGGCCUGUAACCUGCUCAUGGCUGCAUACGAAGAGGAUGAGAACUGGCCUGAGAUCUUCGUCAAGGUGUACAUCGAAGACUCCCUGGGUGAGCGGAUCUGGGUAGACAGCCCGCACUGCAAGACCUUUGUGGACAACAUCCAAACGGCGUUUAACACCAAGAUGCCCCCCAAGAGCAUGCUUCUGCAGGGGGAGGUGGCACGCAGUGGCGGGGAUCUCAGUGCUGGGAGCAGCCCUCACCCUUCCCUCACGGAGGAGGAGGACAGCCAGACGGAGCUCCUGAUCGCUGAGGAAAAGCUCAGUCCCGAGCAGGAGGGCCAGCUCAUGCCCAGGCCUAGGUACGACGACCUGGCAGAGAGCGUGGAGGAGUACGUCCUGGACAUGCUCCGUGACCAGCUGAACCGGCGGCAGCCCAUUGACAACGUGUCGCGGAACCUCUUGCGGCUGCUCACCUCCACCUGCGGCUACAAGGAGGUGCGGCUGAUGGCCGUGCAGAGGCUGGAGAUGUGGCUGCAGAACCCCAAGCUGACCAGGCCUGCCCAGGACCUGCUGAUGUCCGUGUGCAUGAACUGCAACACGCACGGCGUGGAGGACAUGGACGUCAUCUCGCACCUGAUCAAGAUCCGCCUCAAGCCCAAGGUCCUCCUGAACCAUUACAUGCUGUGUGUCAGGGAGCUGCUGAGCGCGCACAAGGACAACCUGGGCACCACCAUCAAGUUUGUGGUCUUCAACGAGCUCUCCAAUGCCCGGAACCCCAACAACAUGCAGAUCCUCUACACUGUGCUGCAGCACAGCUCGGAGCUGGCGCCCAAGUUCCUGGCCAUGGUGUUCCAGGACCUGCUGACCAACAAGGACGACUACCUGCGGGCCUCGCGGGCGCUGCUGCGGGAGAUCAUCAAGCAAACCAAGCACGAGGUCAACUUCCAGGCCUUCUGCCUUGGGCUCAUGCAGGAGCGCAAGGAGCCCCAGUAUCUGGACAUGGAGUUCAAGGAGCGAUUUGUGGUACAUGUCACAGACGUCCUGGCUGUCGCCAUGAUGCUGGGUAUCACGGCGCAGGUGAAGGAGGCUGGCACCGCCUGGGACAAAGGAGAGAAGAAAAACCUCGAGGUACUGCGCUCCUUCCAGAACCAGAUCGCCGCAAUCCAGCGGGAUGCUGUGUGGUGGCUGCACACUGUCGUCCCCUCCAUCAGCAAGCUCGCCCCCAAGGACUACGUGCACUGCCUGCACAAGGUGCUCUUCACGGAGCAGCCGGAGACCUACUACAAGUGGGACAACUGGCCCCCGGAGAGCGACCGCAACUUCUUCCUCCGCCUUUGCUCGGAGGUGCCCAUCCUGGAGGACACACUGAUGCGCAUCCUGGUCAUCGGGCUGUCCCGGGAGCUCCCACUGGGUCCCGCAGACGCCAUGGAGCUUGCCGACCACCUGGUGAAGCGAGCCGCGGCCGUGCAGGCAGAUGACGUGGAAGUGCUGAAGGUGGAGAGGAUCCAGCUGAUCGACGCGGUCCUGAACCUGUGCACUUACCACCACCCCGAGAACAUCCAGCUCCCCCCCGGGUACCAGCCACCGAACCUGGCCAUCUCCACCCUCUACUGGAAGGCGUGGCCCCUCCUGCUGGUGGUCGCGGCGUUCAACCCUGAGAACAUCGGCCUGGCUGCUUGGGAGGAGUACCCCACGCUGAAGAUGCUCAUGGAGAUGGUGAUGACCAACAACUACUCAUACCCCCCAUGCACCCUGACGGACGAGGAGACCCGGACAGAGAUGAUUAAUCGGGAGCUGCAGACCUCCCAGCGGGAAAAGCAGGAGAUCCUGGCAUUCGAGGGCCAUCUGGCGGCGGCUUCCACCAAGCAGACCAUCACGGAGAGCAGCAGCCUUCUGCUGUCGCAGCUCACCAGCCUGGACCCUCAAGGACCCCCUCGGAGGCCUCCGCCCCACAUCCUGGACCAAGUGAAAGGCCUCAACCAGUCCCUGCGUCUCGGGCACCUGCUGUGUCGGAGCCGAAACCCGGAUUUCCUCCUCAACAUCAUCCAGAGGCAGGCCUCCUCGCAGUCCAUGCCAUGGCUGGCUGACCUGGUACAGUCAAGCGAGGGCUCCCUGGACGUACUGCCCGUGCAGUGCCUGUGUGAGUUCCUGCUGCACGACGCGGCCGACGACGCCACCUCUGGGGAGGAGGAGGAGGAGGGCGAGAGCAGAGAGCAAAAGGCCAAGAAGCGGCAGAGGCGGCAGAAGCAGCGGCAGCUGCUGGGGCGCCUACAGGACCUGCUGCUGGGCCCCAAGGCCGACGAGCAGACCACAUGUGAGGUGCUGGACUACUUUCUGCGGCGCCUCGGUUCCUCCCAGGUGGCCUCCAGGGUGCUGGCCAUGAAGGGCCUGUCCUUGGUGCUGUCGGAGGGCAGUGUGCGGGAUGGCGAGGAGAAGGAGCCCCCAAUGGAGGACGACCCCGGGGAUCCAGAGGCGCUGCGCGGCUACCAGUGGCUUCUGCGGGACCUGCCCCGGCUGCCUCUGUUCGACAGCGUCAGGCCCACCACCGCCCUGGCGCUGCAGCAGGCCAUCCACAUGGAGACCGACCCGCAGACUAUCAGCGCCUACCUGGUCUACCUGUCCCAGCACACGCCUGUGGAGGAGCAGGGCCAGCAUAGUGACCUGGCGCUGGACGUGGCCCGGCUGGUCGUGGAGCGCUCCACCAUCAUGUCCCACCUGUUCUCUAAGCGCUCCUGCAGCGCAGAGUCGGACGCCGUGCUCGUCGCCCUGCUCUCCAUCUUCUCCCGCUACGUGCGGCGCAUGCGCAAGAGCAAGGAGGGGGAGGAGGUGUACAGCUGGUCCGAGUCCCAGGACCAGGUCUUCCUUCGCUGGACCAGUGGGGAGACAGCCACCAUGCACAUUCUGGUGGUCCACGCCAUGGUCAUUCUCCUGACGUUGGGGCCACCCCGUGCCGGUGACGGCGAGUUCCAGGCCCUGCUGGACAUCUGGUUCCCGGAGAAGCAGCCUCUGCCCACGGCCUUCCUGGUGGACACGUCAGAGGAGGCGCUGCUGCUGCCCGACUGGCUGAAGCUGCGCAUGAUCCGCUCAGAGGUCCCCCGCCUGGUGGACGCCGCCCUGCAGGACCUGGAGCCACAGCAGCUCCUGCUGUUCGUGCAGUCCUUCGGCAUCCCCGUGUCCAGCAUGAGCAAACUGCUGCGGCACCUGGACCAGGCGGUGGCCCACGACCCCCAGACCCUGGAGCAGAACAUCAUGGACAAGAAUUACAUGGCUCACCUGGUUGAAGUUCAGCACGAGAGAGGAGCGUCCGGAGGCCAGACCUUCCACUCUCUGCUCACAGCCUCCCUGCCUCCACGGCGAGACAGCGCAGAGGCGCCCAAACCCAAAAGCAGCCCGGAGCAGCCCUCGGGACCGGGGCGGACCCGGGCUGUGACCCAGGUGCGGGUGCUUGGCCCUGAGGACGACCUGGCCAGCAUGCUCCUGCAGAUCUUCCCGCUGAGCCCAGGCCCCCGGUGGCAGAGCUCCAGCGCCCGCCCCGCUGCCCUCGCGCUGCAGCAGGCCCUGGGCCAGGAGCUAGCCCGCGUCCGUCAGGGGAGCCCCGAGGUGACGGGUGUCGCCGUGCGCCUGCUGCAGGCCAUUGCCACCCUGCUCAACUCGCCGCACAGCGGGGCCCUGGUGAUGUCCAUGCACCGGAGCCACUUCCUCGCCUGCCCCCUGAUGCGCCAGCUCUGCCAGUACCAGCGCUGUGUGCCCCAGGACACCGGCUUCUCGUCACUCUUCCUCAAAGUGCUCAUGCAGAUGCUGCAGUGGCUGGACGGCCCCACGGGGGAGGGGGGGCCCCUACAGGCACAGCUCAAGCUCUUCGCCGUCCAGUACUCCGCACGCCACAGGAUCAGCGACGUGCGGAGUGGAUUCCUGCGCCUAGCCGAGGCCCUGGCGUUUCGAGGGGACUCGGAGGUGGUCAGCUCCACCGUCCGGGCUGUGGUCACCACCCUUAAGUCAGGGGAGAAGUGUAGCGUGGAGCCCGAGCUUGUCGGCAAAGUCCUCCAGGGUCUGAUUGAGGGGGGGUCACCUCACCUGGAGGAGCUGCUGGCCGCGCUCUUUGCCACCGCCCCUGCGUCCCCAACCCUGCGGCCCGUCGCCGUGGUGAGCUCCCUGCUGCUGCAGGAGAAGGAGCCCCCAGCCCCAGGGGAUCCGGAAGCCGACGGCUGCAGCCUGGAGGCCGUGCAGCUGGGUCCCUGCUCUGGGCUCCUCGUCGACUGGCUGGAGAUGCUGGACCCUGAGGUGAUCAGCAGCUGCCCUGAGCUACAGCAGAGGCUGCUGUUCUCCCGGGGCAAGGGCAAAGGUCAUCCCGGCCCCCAGGUGCCAUCCUUCCGACCCUACCUGCUGGCCCUGCUCACUCACCAGUCCAGCUGGUCCACACUGCACCAGUGUGUCCACAUCUUGCUGGGCAAGAACCGGGAGCAGAGGUUUGACCCUUCAGCCUCUCUGGACUUCCUCUGGGCCUGCAUCCACGUUCCACGAAUCUGGCAGGGAAGGGACCAGCGCACGCCCCAGAAGCGGCGGGAGGAGCUGGUGCUGCGGGUGCAGGCGGCCGAGCUCAUCGGCCUGGUGGAGCUGAUCCUGGCGGAGGCGGAGGCCAGGAGCCAGGACGGGGACGCCGCCGCCUGCAGCCUCCUCCAGGCCCGGCUGCCCCUGCUGCUCAGCUGCUGCUGGGGGCACGACGAGAGCGUCCGGAAGGUGACGGCGCACCUGACGGGCUGCAUCCAGCAGUGGGGUGACAGUGUGCUGGGCAGGCGCUGCCGGGACCUGCUGGUGCAGCUCUACCUGCAGUGGCCGGAGCUGCGGGUGCCCGUGCCUGAGGUCCUGCCGCACAGCGGAGGGGCCACCAGCGGCAGCACCUGCAAGCUGGACGGCCUCAUCCACCGCUUCAUCACCCUCCUCGCGGACACCAGCGACUCCCGGUCUUCGGAGAACAGAGUGGCCGACGCUAACAUGGCCUGCCGGAAGCUGGCUGUGGCGCACCCCAUCCUGCUGCUCAGGCACUUGCCCAUGAUUGCUGCGCUCCUUCACGGCCGCACCCACCUCAACUUCCAGGAGUUCCGCCAGCAGAACCACCUGACCUUCUUCCUGCACGUGCUGGGGGUCCUGGAGCUUCUGCAGCCGCAGGUGUUCCAGAACGAGCACCAGGGGGCGCUGUGGGACUGUAUGCGCUCCUUCGUCCGCCUGCUUCUGAGCUACAGGAAGUCUUCCCGCCACCUGGCGCCCUUCAUCCACAAGUUCGUGCACUUCACCCACAAGUACGUGACCUGCAAUGCCCCAGCGGCCGUGGCCUUCCUGCAGAAACACGCGGACGCACUGCACGACCUGUCCUUCGACAGCAGUGACCUGGUGAUGCUCAAGUCCCUCCUUGCAGGGCUGAGCCUUCCCAGCAGAGAUGGCAGAGCCGACCGGGGCCUGGAUGAGGAGGGUGAGGAUGAGAGCUCGGCCGGCUCCCUGCCCCUGGUCAGCGUCUCCCUGUUCACCCCCCUGACAGCGGCAGAGAUGGCCCCCUACAUGAAGAGGCUUUCCCGGGGCCAGACUGUUGAGGAUGUGCUGGAAGUUCUGAGCGACAUAGACGAGAUGUCUCGGCGGAGACCGGAGAUCCUGGGUUUUUUCUCGACCAACCUGCAGCGGCUGAUGAGCUCUGCGGAGGAGCCCUGCCGCAACCUGGCCUUCGGCCUGGCCCUGCGCUCCAUCCAGAACAACCCCAGCUUUGCAGCAGACUUCUUGCCCACGUUCAUGUGCUGCCUGGGCAGCCGGGACUUCGAGGUGGUGCAGACGGCCCUCAGGAACCUGCCCGAGUACACCCUCCUCUGCCAAGAGCACGCGGCAGUAUUGUUGCAUCGGGCCUUCCUGGUGGGCAUGUAUGGGCAGAUGGACACCAGCGUCCAGAUCUCCGAGGCCCUGAGGAUCCUGCACAUGGAGGCGGUGAUGUGAGCCGGCGUGGCAGUCUGACCGCACGCCGCCCCUGCAUGCCUCCGCCAGCCGCCUGCCGGUCUCCUCUAGGGCGGGGAGAACAUCGAGCCACUGCAACAGCGUCCAUGGCCUGUGGCUCCAUGCCUGCGGUGACAGGAACAGAUGCUGAUGUCCUGGCGAACCACAGCAAGGGGUUGGUCUGAAAUGAAACAUUGUGAAUUCUCC